AUGCAGUCGCUACAAUCCCAUAAUGCCCUGCUCAGCAUGCUGAGAUUGGACGAUGCCCGCUGGAAUGUUCUAAAUGAGUGCGGAUUAUGUGCAUGUCUCUCUCAAAUUGCAAGUAAAGCCGCAGCUCGAACGCUUUGUAUCUCUGCCGCUUAGCAGGGCACAGGAAUGAGCGCUGCAGUGGUGCACAGAGGAUUCCUCAAGAAAUAUGGGGGCUUCAUGUUCAAGCAAUGGAAAGAAAAGUAUCUGGUGUUGACGGUGGAAGGAAACCUGAUGGUGUGUCGAGAUGCAGACUCACCAGCUGACCAGGUGGUGGCGCUCCAGGGUAACUGUGAGUCCAUAGUGGAGGGUAAAGACAUCUUGGACUUGCCCCGUUUACCCCCUGGAGGACGCAGAGACAGCUGCUUUGCCCUCAUCCUGCCCCAAGACAAGUUCCUCCUCCUGCUCUCUGAUAGCCCUGAAGAGUGCAGUCAAUGGCUGAAGUUACUUAGAAAGGUGAAGGAGGGUGUGACUUCACCACUGGUCCUGCAGAGACAGCAGAGCAUCACGCCCUGCAUCACAGACCGGGAGCCGCUUCCAGACAUCUCCACUGAUAAAGAGCCCACAUCCCCGCACCUCAGCGACAAGGGCUUGAGCUCCCCGCGUGUCCGCUCCAGAGAGAACUCCUUCAGACACAGAGGCAGCAUAAACCGACGACCUCCCUGCAGCCCCACUGUGGCCCCGCCCCUUCACUCCGCAGACUGCCUGCGCCACGGAAACAGCAGCGAUGCGCGGGCCGUGAGAGCCGUCUGUCUGCUGAUGGGUGGAGCAGCCGCGUCCUCAGCGCUGGGCUACCUGAACUCCUGUCCACCCGCUGCCUCUAACCUGGCUGUUCACGCUCCUGAAAUCACUCACUCCACAGGUUUCUCUGAGAUGGGGGGAGGCAGUUCGUACCAUGCUUGCAGCCAAGCCAUAGAGUCGCCACACAUUAACAGCUUCGACUUUGAGGGAGACUCUGAUUUUGAUGCUUUUGACUGUGGGGGGUUUGCAUUUUAAUGGAAUAUGUUUACGUUAUCCACAGGGUUCGUACAUUCAUGGAAAAAGGUGGAAAUGUUAGGGAAUUUGAAAAUGGUUCCCAAACCUUUAAAAAGUAACGGAAAUUCCUGUAGUGAAUAUAUUUAACUUUGUAUUUACUCUAUUUACUCAAUUUUAAAUAGCUCUUUUGUGAGUGAGAACAAAAUAAUUUUAAAAUAAUUAUCCGGUAAUAAGGGCAGCUUGAAAAGUCAUACAAACCCAUUGGUCAUAAUAUGUGUAAAUGCUGUUUACAAUGUUUGUUUGAUUAUCUAUUUACAGUAGAAGGCAGUAAACUAUGUGAAUUAAAAUAUGCAAAGAUGCAACUUUGGAAACAAAGCCAAUUUGUAAGACAUUAUGUUUUUUUGUUUGUUUUUUGCAUUGUGACAUUUAUGUAAAUUUAGCACCUUCUUGUCAUGCCCAUGGACUUUUAUAAAAAUACACAUUCUUAUAUUUUGCUUUUCAUUUUAGAACUGAAAUAUGACCAAGAAAUGCCCUUGCCAGGUUUUUUGAGGUUCAUCCAACUAUGUCCCUUUUAACUUCUCUAUUUUGUGUCAUUGUUUCAUGUAUAAUAUACGUUAUCUUUCCAUUUAAAGUAAUACUAAUAAAAAAUUAGCUGUUUCUUAGAGCUCUCAACCCUUUUUUAAAGGUAAGGGGUCGAAAUUUGUAUAAAGUUUAUUGAAAACUUUUCAGAUGUUUGUCGAUACACUUAGUUUAUGACUACAAAAAUAUAUAUUAUCACUAUUGUCACUGUAAAAAAAAGACUUUACUCCAUUUUCUCUGUUCUGAUUUCUGCUAAAUUUGCAUAUUUCUAAUAUUUAUAUCAAAUUUGUUUUAUUCACCUCUUUCUUAAGUCCCAUUUUUCUCACAUUCUUUCUCUGUUUGUGUUAUAGAGAGUUUGUGUAAGUGAGAACAUAGGUGAGUGUUUAUUAAACAGAAAUAUAAUAUAACAUCAUUAUUGAGUGUGCCGAUCCAUCUGUCAUUCAACUAAAUGACUCUGCCAAGAGUUAAACGGAGGAUGACAAUGGAGAUUUGCUGGAGACAGUAAACUGGGGGAUGGAUGCUAAUUUCUUCAUGUUACAUUUAGCUCACAAGUGUGUCACUGAAAAAAAAUUAUUAUAAUAAAUUCUUGUU